UCUCAGAUCUUGAGAUCGCCAUAGCGGGCCAUGCAUGCGAGUUUGUCUUCAAGCUCAAGAUGUGUUUCGCGUCUCUCUUUGCCGCAGGUUUCUGCGUCUGAGGGCGCCGACGAGUUGGAAGCCUGGCUCGUGAACGUGCGCCUGGAUGGAUCUUUGACCAGCUGCGAAGAGGUGGCUGCCGCCGGCCGGCAGCUUGGCGACCAGGCCUUCAGCAGGUUUGUGGCAUCGCUUCUCUCGGCAUCUGUAGAGUUGGCCAGAAGACUGCCACAGGCUGCAGGCUUCAAGAUUUUAUGCAUGGAUUUUUCCGGGAACCGGCUCACGGAGAGGGCCGCAGCGGCUUUGGCAGAGUGCCUUGCCUGGAUGCGAGAGCAUUUUGGUGGCCACGUGUUAACGUCUCUGAAUUUGUCAGACAACCAGAUUGGUCCUGCUGGAGCUGAGGAGCUUGCCAUUCACUUCUUUCCGCAACAAGGGACCAGAGAGUAUGAGUUAGGCCUCUCCAGCAACCCGUUGGGCGACGUUGGCGCCAGAGGUGUGGCAAGUGCCAUUCAAAGAAGGCGCUGCCCUGCAGUUCUCCACCUUCGCGCAGUGGGCCUUGGCCAAAACGGUUGCAGAUCCUUGAUGGAGUGCGCGCCGAUGCUCAAGGCGCUGGACCUGCGUGGGAACGAGAUCGCGGAGGCUGAGCUGAGGGCCCUGGCGGCAAAGCUGCCGGAACCUUUGCGACUCCUACCGCAACUGGACCUGCAUCCAGGCCGUGCCGCGAGAGAGCCCGAGGCCAAGGAAGCCAGAGCGAAGGCGGUGCUGCAGCGCGCUCGCCUGGCUUUGGGGGAGAGGCCCGUCGAGCCCGGCGGCCGGCAGGAGCCAGGUGCGGUGGCACCUCGAGACGCCAAAGCAAGCUCCGAGGUGCAACGCUGCGCGCAACGCCCUGUGCAACAUCCCUUGCAUCCCGUGCCACAACCGGCGCAACAUGUUCCCAUGCAAUUUCAUCCCAUCCAACAUCCCGUGCAAUAUCCUGCGUCUUCUCGCCAGAUCUCGUCAAGUGGCUUACCUGCAGAGAGGGAGCCGCCUGGCAAGACUUCCUCAGCUGCAAAGGCUGCGCUCAAUCGGGCACGCAACGUGCUGGGCAGGAAGAUGGCGAACGGCUGCGAAAUGGGCCCAACGCAAACCGUCGUCGCACCAAUGCAAGCGAUGAUGGAUGGCCCGCAGGCGAUGCCUUCAGCGCAGGCGGUGCUUCCUGCGAAGUAUGCAACACUAGUGCAGCAGGCAAUGCCGGCAGCGCAGCAAGCCACACCUGUGCAGCAGCAGGCGAUGCCUUCCGUGCAACAGGAGGUGAUGCUUUCCGAGAAGCCGCGAGCAACAUCUGUGGAGCAAGAGGCGAUGCCUUCCACGCAGCAGGAGGUCAAUUUUCCCGAGAAGCCGCAAGCAACACCUGUGCAUCAGCAGGCAAUGCAAGCAGCGCAACAGGAGUCGAGACUGUCGCAGCAGCAGGCAAUGCCGGCAGCGCAAUGGAAGUCACUGGUGCAGCAGCAGGCGAUGCUUGCCGCGCAACAGGAGGUGAUGCUUUCCGAGAAGCCGCGAGCAACAUUUGUGGAGCAAGAGGCGAUGCCUUCCACGCAACAGGAGGUUAAUUUUCCCGAGAAGCCGCAAGCAACACCUGUGCAUAUGCAGGCACUGCAAGCAGCGCAACAGGAGUCGAGACUGUCGCAGCAGCAGGCAAUGCCGGCAGCGCAAUGGGAGCAGGCGAUGCUUGCCGCGCAACAGGAGGUGAUGCUUGCCGAGAAGCCGCCAGCAACAUUUGUGGAGCAAGAGGCGAUGCCUUCCAUGAAUCAGGAGGUUAAUUUUCCCGAGAAGCCGCAAGCAACACCUGUGCAUAUGCAGGCACUGCAAGCAGCGCAACAGGAGUCGGCACUGUCGCAGCAGCAGGCAAUGCCGGCAGCGCAAUGGGAGUCACUGGUGCAGCAGCAGACGAUGCUUGCCGUGCAACAGGAGGUGAUGCUUGCCGAAAACCCGCAAGCAACCGUGCAGCAAGAGGCGAUGCCUUCCGCACAGCAGGAAGUGAUGCUUUCCCAGGAGAAGCAAGCAAAACCUUUGCACCAGCAGGCAAUGCCGGCAGCGCAACGGGAGUCGACACUAGCACAGCAGCAGACAACAGAGCAGCCGGAGGCGAUGCCUCUCGCAGCACCCGCGCAGCAGCAAGCAUCGGCUCAGGGGCAAGUGUCUCAGGGUCUGCCUCCAAGCGACGCGUAUGAGCGCGCCUGCUUGGAGGUGUCGAGCUUGCAGUCAGCUCUGCGGCAGUUGGAGGGCGGCCUCGGCUGCCCGCGGGAGGCUCGGGAGCGGGAGCCGGAGGCGGAGGAGCCGGACGCGGAGGCGCUGGCGAUGCCGGAGCGCACGGUGCGCUUGGAGCGGGAGGUGGCGGAGCUUCGAGAGGACGUGCGGCGGAUUGAGCACACGGUCACCUCACUGCAGGCAGAGCCGGAGCAGGAGGAUGUGAUCGAGUCUCGGCUUUGGAGGGAGAAGGAACCGGAGGAGAACAAGGAGCCGGAGGAGAAGCUGAUAGAUGAGAAUUCCUGCUCCAUCGCCAGCAUUGCUGCGCUAAAGGCAGAGAAGGACCAGAGAGAGUCCGAGAGGCUGGAUAUGCUGCGUAGGGGCCUUCCCUGUACAGACACAGCGCCCGAAGCAGCGGACUCAGUGCCGGACGCGCCAGACAUAAAGCCACUGGCUGCCCCUGAAAAGCCCGAGGGCCUGGCUGACAGCCCGACGACUGCAAAGGCACCGCCGAAGGGCAAGGGCAAGGGCAAGGGCCCGCCUCUUCCAGCCCCAAAGGCAUCGCCAAAGGAGGGGCCAAAGGGCGGAAAGAGCGAUGAGCAGACCGAGAACAGUGCCAAAGAUGAGAAAGCACCAGCGGCUCUGCAAUUGCCCCCGCCGGCGAAGGGAAAGGGCAAAGGCAAGGGCAAAGGUGGCAAAGGCGGCCCACCCGCCCCUCCGGCCAAAGGGCCAGCUCCCAAAAGUGGGCCCUUGGCCAAAGCCGCGGCUCCGAAGGCCGAGAGCAAAGCUCCAUUUCACAAGAGGUUGUACUGGAAGCAGGUGGAUAUCGACGCUGAAGGCACCAUCUUCAGUGAGAGCAGAAGCCGGGCGAACACGGUGGGUGCAUUGGACUUCUCCGCGCUGUCGCGAAUCUUGGAGGCUGAGAAGACCAAGGGUUCUCAGCUGCAGCGCCGGUCCUCUGGGGUGCUCAGCAAGGCGCAGAUGCGGAACGUGGGCACCAAGGUCUUGAGCGACCACCGGGCCCGGAACAUGGCCAUCGUGCUGAAGCGGAUGCCCACGAGCACUGGGGACCUGGUUGCGGUGCUGAGGGCCCUGCGCUGGGAGGAGGACCGCAUCAGCAGCGACGACCUGGAGCAGAUCCUGGAGGCCAUCCCCACCCAGGAGGAGGCCAAGAAGCUCCGGGAGCACAGCGAGCCGGAGGCCUGCCAGAAGCUGCGGGACGUGGAGCAGAUGGUGAUGCCCCUCACGCAGCUCACCCGGGCCUCCGCCAGGGUCCGGGUGCUGUGCAUCGCCCGGAACGCGCGGCCGCAGUUCAAGGCCACCAUGCGGAGCCUGGCGCGGAUCCGGGCGGCCUGCUCCGCAAUCCAGCGGUCCGGCAUGCUGCGGAACGUCAUGGUCCUGGCGCUGCAGCUGGGAAACUUCAUCAACACCGGAGAUUCCAAGAAGGGAGCCAAGGCCAUUGCCAUCAGCUCUCUACUGGCAUUGAGAGACUUCAAAUGCGACGGCAUCUCCUCGUUGCACUUCCUGUGCUUCUCCCUGAUCCAGUCAAAGGCGGACGCAGCUCAGACCCUGCUGCGAGAGUUGCAACCGGCGGAAAAGAUAGCCAAGAUGCAGGUGCAGGGCCUCUCCGCAGCGAUGAAGUCCUUUGCACGUGACCUUGAGACCAUCAAGUCAGAGUGUCAGAACUUCGUCGCGGAGUACGAAGGUGAAGACUGUGAAUCAACGGCGUGUGGGUCUGCAGAGGAUGAUGACAAGGACUUUGGCGAGGAGCUGGCAGAGGUUCAAGCAGUUGCGGCAGCAGCAGCUUGCGACCUGCUGGAAAGCCCUUUGAAGGCCAAGGCGGAUGAGGAUGCAACCCGUUGGGUCGAGGAUGUCAUGAAGAUCCGUGGUAGUGCCCAGCGCCGCCUGCGCUGCAUGAGGCGAAUCCUGGAGAAGCUUUACAACCUUUUGAAGGCGGACAUGGAGUCCACGGCGGAGCAGGUCCACGCAACUCUGCGCUUCUGUGGCGUCCAGCUGAAGGCUUCUCAAGAGGUGCCGCCUGACCUGGAAGCGCUGCUGUCCAACCUCUCGGAGUUCACCAAGGUGUUCAAAGAACACUGGGAUGAGGUGAAAAAGAACAUGUCGCACUACCAGAGACUCUUCAGCGACGAUGCCGCCCAGUGAGGCUUUGGUACGUACAAGGCUGAGAGCCCAGUGGCCUGCGAGCUGCGUGCCGCGUGACGGGUCCGCAGCCUGUACAAUACAGAGGCUGCUCCAGUCGAUCGCCCACUGGCCCCCUAUCGGGCCACGCGGAGCGUGCAGAUGUGUUGAAACACAUGUGACCUCCGCAUCAGCUCCAAUCUGU